AUGCUUAUUCAUGAAGAUCUUAAAAACAACUUUUAUAAGAAGAUAUUGGAGUCGAAACAGGUAAUUUUGGGCUUCUUAUCUUGUAAUCAGUUAGUUAAUUGUUGUUCGGUUAUUUUAAAUAUGGUAUUUUAAAGUUUUCCAUUACAAAUAAAGUUUUAUGUUAUGCUAUAUAUAUCUAAUCUUUGAUGUUUCAGAAAAAUGUGAUAAUAAUAUCAAACCACGACCUGGAUGCCUUAUGCACAACAGUGAUAUUAACAGUAGGUUAUUUUACAUGUUUUUUAUUUGAAGUUUAGGAUUUAUUCGAAAGAGAUGAGGUAAUGUACUCUUUGGUUGUUAUCAAAGACUGGGUGGAGUUGGAGGCUGCGAUUCAGAUUUUUAAGAAGAGCUCAAGUUUGUUCGUGUUGAUAAACUGUGGAGCUUUUCGAUCUUUGUUCGGGCUGUCGACAGAAAUUUUAGGAGUAAGUUUAAUUGACUUUGGCUAAGUAUAUUAAUUUUCAAAAGUUACAUUUUUCUUGAAUUAAAUUGAAUUUCUUAAGUUUUAAAUGUACUUUGCUUUAUGUUCAGUUAAAUAUUAUAAAGUUCAAUGUUUUCAGCUAGAACUCUAUGUGUUUGACUGUCAACGACCGGUCGAAUUGUCGAAUGUAUAUGCCAAUCAAGUUGUUAAGGUAAUAUGCAGGACGUCAGAGAUAAACAGCUGGAAUCUACCGACUUUGGAGUCUAUUGUCGAUAUGAAUGAGGAAUCAGAAUCGGAAGAUGAGAAUGAUGCUGAAAAUAGAGAUAUUACUCAGAUAGCGUUAAGAGGUAUAAAGAAACGGAAUAGAACGUUAUGGGAGCAGACUAGGGAACGAUUGCAAUGGGAGUACGCUGUUAAUAGUUAUAUUGAGUAUCCGGUAGGUCUGUGCGUUUGAAUAUUGUGAUUUUUAGAUUGUUUCGGGCUUUAAAAUCAUGAGUUAGAUAUAAAAGAGGAAGUAAUGAGAGAUUUAUUGAGCGUUAUUGAUACCUAAAUUGACUUUCUGGUGUCUAAACUAACUUUUGCAGUAAAUAAGUAACAUGAUUCAUCUAACAUUACUUCCAGAGUGCCGUUCUAAUGCUACAACUGGCCCACUCGCUAGGAAUGUCAAGUGCUGAGCUUAGCUGGUGUGCAUGUGUAGCGUUGACACAUUAUUAUGUUGAGGACAUCAUAUCAUUACAAACCUAUACGAGUAUAUGUGUGGAGACGAUGCGAACAUUUACUAGGUUGUAUGCACCUCGAACACACGUCAAAAACGAUUCAACGUUGAGGAUAUCGUUUAAUAAAGAGUGGGUUUUAGGAGGUUUGGGAGGGGAGGGGGGUUUAUUGGGAAAGGAUUUAUUGGGGAGGGUUUUUUUUCAUUAGGGAGGGUCUUUUUGUCGAAGGGCGGGGGUUUAGAGGCACGAUGUCAUCCUACUAAAGGUAAGGUUAGGGGUGUUUAUACUGCCAAGGCGAUACGGCUUUGAAACUACUACUUAUAAGCCUAAAAUUACAUUUUUAAACACAAAAAUAAACUUUAAACUCUCUAAAGCUCUAAGUAUAACCUUAAAAUGCUUUUACUAUGUCACUUUUUGUAAAAUACGACUGUUGAAAGGCUAAACUCUGGUUUUACUUUAAUUAUCAAAGAGUAACAUAACGAUCUUUAAAGUCUAAAAACGAACUAUUUAUAAAAAUACCAAAAUCUUAAGUAUAACCUCAAGUUAACCAAAUAGUUUUAAUUCAGGUAUUUAUAAGAAGGUAUUCGAGGUAUCUUAACUUUCUGGCAUCUGCCACACACUUGUCUGAACGUAACUUUAGUCUAAAUUACACCUGCUUGCAUAGCUUUGGGUCAUUCUUUAUGAUGUCAUCAACAUAAGGGACUGAGGGCCGGGCGGGCACUUUUGGUUUGAGGGUAGGGGUCGAAAAAAUCGGCACAGGCAAAUUUUUUUCCAAAAAUAUACUGGGGUGGGGGGGGUCACGUUCAACUUUUUUCUAAAUUUUUUGGGGGGGGGGGUAUCUCACUCGGCCUGUUACAAAUAAAUUUAAUACUUUAAAAAUGGAAAAUCAGCUGAAAAAUUUAAAAUGUUAUAAUGAACGAUUUCCAGGCUACCAAUACCACUAUACAACCACUGGACUCUGCAUCAAAGCGUCGUACACGAUGUCAGUUUUAUCACUUCAUGCCGUCUGUGGACUCAACAAGGGGCACAUAAGCUUCGGGAGACAUACGCCACACUAGGGUAAGAUAGGAAAUGUUAUCAGAACUAAGUAAAGUGUUACAUUAUGGGUUAUUAUGACAAACACAAGGUUUAUAUUAUAAUUUAAAUGCGAUUUUUAUCGAUUUUUUUUUAAAUUUGAGAUUGAUUAUAUCAAAAUUAAAUUUUUUUCAAUUUUUAGAAUACCCUUAAACGAAUGCAAUGCCAAUUUCCACUCACUAACCUCGGAACGAAGGCAGGAGAUCUUCAGAAUCAUGGAGAACGAGCUAAUCGGCCUGAACACCUCAUUCGCCACCUUCUUCUCCCAUUUUGCCUUCUCAAGACAAUUCAAUUCGGCCGAUUAUGCUCGAAUCACAGCUCUAAAAAUGGAUUUCGAUGGGAAAGAGAACGACUUCAAGUCACGAUACUUCAAUUCCAUGGAGUUUCUAAAGAAAACCAUCUGGAAUCACGGCGGAAAUUCGGCCGAAACCGACCAAAGUCUAAAACAAUAUCAGAAAACACUGGAGAACAUAACCCAAUUGGCUUUUGAUUGUAUGCGACAGAGUUUGUUUUUGAAUACGAAUACGUUUUACGCAUUGUAUGUACCAGACGUACCAGAAACAGAGCUCUUAUUAACGUCGUCACAUCUUCUGAACGUGUUCAUGAUGUUGGCGUUGAGGAUAUUUGCGUCGGUAAGGGAUUGUUUUAGGUUUUAGGGGAGGGAAUGGAUUUUAAAAGGUGGAGAAGAAUGUUAUUGUGAUUUACUGUUAACUUGAUUAUGUCAAUUUUGGUAUUGUAGUAGCCAUUUUCUUCAGAUUCGCCGCGGUUUUCGAAUAAAAAAGCCUCUACUAGUGUCAAUAACGCCCAGGACCGUGACAGAAGCAACGGAACGAUACUGUCUAGUAUCUGGUCUGAUGCCUCUCCAAUCGUAUAUGAGUGAUACAGAACGGAAAACGCUAAUCCCAAGGUUAUUCGCUCAACUACAUGAAGAUCCAAACCUGGAAACCCAGUUUGAAAAUAUCAAUCCGAAUGGUAGGGAUAUUUGAGGGGUUUAGUGAAGGGUGGGGGGGGUGGUUUUACUUAGGAAGAUAAGGGUGACUUUUGAGUGGAAAAUUGAUUUUUUGGCGAUUUUUGAUGUAAAAAUGGUCUAAAACAAGGUUAAUAUAAGGUUUUUUGUGAAUUGUUUGAUGAUUCUUUAGGUGUAAAGGAAGUUCUUGCGGUUUUUAAGGGAUUUAUAACAAUUUCUUUUGCCAUAACUUUUGAAAAUUUGAGUUUUUUUUGCUUUUAGUUGAUAUUAUAGUACGUAAAAGGUAAAAUAAAAGCUUGUUUUUCUUGUUUAUCGGCGUUGAAGACUAAAUUGUGAAAUUCUAUGACUAAUAUUUUUAUGUUUUCAGUGAUAUACGUGAAGGAAACAAACCGAAUCGCCUUCUUCGAUCGUGUGGAACAACGUCUACGGUAG